AUGGCGGAUGAAUAUCUCGACAAUUGCCUGCCGAUCGAGGUAAAUGACGAUAACGCGUUCAAAGAGAAGACGAGAAUAGCAGAAGUCGCAGCUACCACGCUGUGCAGGCUGAAUAGCAUAAUGAAGCAGAUGCAAGACUGGCGGGACGAUCGUACGAAAUUACGAUCCAACAUUUGGCGGUUGAAGUUAGCUUUACGCGUGGCUGCUAGAGAAACCGACGACACCGUGCACGCUGUCCCAUUGAUCGAGCAUCAAAGAGCAGAAAUCAAACGGCUAGAAACGACCAACAAAGAGCUGAGGAAAGAAAUCGCCGACAUUAAAUCGGCGUUGCUCGGGCAGUUAGUCGGCGUCGCGCAGGGAACCGGUUGGAAAUCCGACGACAAACUCGUGGAAGUUAAGCAGAAGUAUUUGGUGGAGAGAGAACGUUUGAACAACGAGAUUCAGUAUCUGAAAAGUCGGCUGAACGAGGUCGAAGAGGGUCACGAACACAGCUCAGAAGUGGAACACUUAAAAUGCAAGCUGAAGCAUUUCAUGAUGGUCGACUACACUAUGGAGAUCAUAUUCACCGAUAUAGUUAACAAAGUCGCCGAGACAAUAGCGAAUCUGUCCGAGGAGCUGGUGAACGUAAACGAUCGCUUGCACAGAUCGCGAGUGAUCAACAAUAAUUUGUACGUGGAGAUCGAUAAACUGAGAGCGGUGAUACGGCACAAGAGUGGCAAUCCAAUGGACUAUCAGAAGAGGAUCAUCGAGCUGGACAAUCUGACGAAACGUUUGAAGAUGGAAUUAAACAAAUUGAAAGUUAACUUCGACGGUAGUUCGUGGAACGUGAGCAAGAAUUGUCAGGAUAACAUCGACAACGUCGAACGAUUGGCGAAAGACUUGAAGAAUAAAUUGAGAAACGACCACGAAGCGCUGCUUGCUGGUGGCGAUCCGGAUUGCUUGAAAUACGUACAAAAGAUCAUCGAGCUGAGCGUUAAUUUGAAACAGCUGCACGUUGAACUUGCGAGAUUUACUGACGAGCUGGGCUCUUCCAGUCGAGUGGAAAUAACGAAGUCUAAUAACAAGCAUUUGGAGCAACUUUCGACUUUGGAGACGACUUUAAAGGAGAUCAACGUCGAAAUCGAUAAGUUAAAGAACAAUCACGUAAAGAAGCAUUACAGAAUCGACGGCGGCGAUGGCCUGGAAUACUUGAAUAAAAUAGAGGAGCUCGAGGCGAUCAUCGAGGAAGCACGAUCGACGAUGAACGGAUUGAAUCGUCGUGCGGAAGGAAAUUCAAACGAGUCGAAGGACAUUGAAAAAUUGGAAGAUUUCGUCGGUAGAAUGUGUCACGAGAUCAAGCAGUUAGAAGUGAUCGUCGUAUCCAACGAUCGUCUAAGUAUAUUCAAGAGGAUCGAACAGCUAGAGGGAUUGAUCGUUCGAUUAAGGUUAGAAUUGGCCGAGAGGAACGACCGCGUGAACGUUCUCGAGCGAGAGCUGCUCGAUACUGAAAAUUUGCUGGAACAGAGGAUAAAAGAAUUGGAGGACACGCAGAGGGAGAUUGUCAUUCUAGCGGAAGAGAACAAAGUUUUGAAAGAGAAAACAAGAAUGAUAGAGGGGAGAGCGUUGGAGAUGCAGCGUGACCAGGAAGAUUCAAGGAAGGAGCUGGAACAGUUGCAACAGGUGAAAUGCGAGGCGAGUUUAACGAGAAAGAAAUUACAAAAUCUUCAGGACGAUAAGGAAGGAUUGUUGAAGGAAAUGGGAAAAAUUCGUGACACUCUGCUAAAGAAAAACGACGAAGCGGCGAACGCUCUUAUCGAGAGAAACACGAUGGAGGGGGCGUUAAACGCGAAGAUCGCGGACCUGACGCGGAACCUUCAAAUUACCUCGAAGGAGAAAGAAAAAUUACAAAACAAGGUAAACGAAUUAGAACGAGCCGAGUGUAAACGGGAAACGAUCAUCACCAAGAAAGAAAAUGAGAAUGCGAAACGCUCACGGGAAACGUCAGAGAAAAUGAAGGUUGAACUACAGCAACUGAAAGUGAGCCUAACGAUAUCGAGGAACAGGCUCGAGAGCGCGAAUCGCGAAAUUACCGAUCUAAAAAUGAAACUAGAACAUUUCGUCGAUGAUAAAACGCGGCUGGAGGAGAAUGUUUUUCACCUGGAAUCGGACAAAGAGGCGCUCGUGUAUCAACUAGCAGCCGAGAAAACUACCGCCGAGGAACGAUUGAAGGAGCUCAAUAAGUUGAAGGCGGAUUACAACGAAUUAGAUCUCGAAAGGGUGAAUCUCAAGUAUGAAAAGGAACAACUGAACACGAAUUUGACGAAUAUAAGGGUCGAGAAGGAACUGCUGGAGGAAUCCGUGAGGCACGUCCACGCCAAGUGUUCCGUGCUCGAGGACGAAAUUGAUAAAUACGCUUGUGAACGGGACAAUCUACUCGAGGAGAUCAGAAACUUUCAAAUGAGCAACGAGCAUUUAAGUAACAAGUUGGAAAAUACGCAAACGGAAUUGGACGGCGCCGGGGAUAAAAUAAAACGAUUAGAAUUCGAGAAUUCGAAAUUGCAGGACGAUAUGAGCGAACUGGCUUUAAAGAAUGUCAGCUUCGAGGACCAGGUUCAAACGAUUCUAUCGGAGAAGAAUCGACUUGUCACGUGCGUUAACGAACUGGAAAAUAAGAAUACCACGUUGAAGGGUGAACUUGACGAAGUUAAAACGGCGAGCGAACACUCCAAUGUCGAAUUAAAUAAAUUAAAAAUGGAUUACAGUAAAAUAAGAUCGGAAAACACGACUUUGCAAGUCACCCUUGACGAGGUGACACAGAGUAACGAGACGUUGAAGAAAGCCAGCGAGGAACUGAAUCUGAAGCUGAAUGAAAUUCACAGCGAGUGCAGAAUAUUGGAGAACCAACUAAAAAUUUUAGAGAUAAUGAACGCCACGUUGAAGAAGGAGAAAGAAUUGUUAGAACAAGAAUACGUGAGCAGUUUGCGACCCAAAAUCUGCAAGAUCGAAAGAGACGAAGCCGUGACAAACAGCAAGUCGACUUUCAGCGAACAAAACGGACAAGUUAUCGAACGUGUAGCAGAAAAACGGAAAACAGUCAAUGGCAAAUCUGAAAAAUACCCGACUGACAAAACAAAAUUAAUGAAAGCGAAAGAAGAGUUGAAGAGAAUGAUAAUAGAAAACGAAUCGUUAAAAUUCGAGAUGUUAAACCUGAAAAGCCAAAAUUUCGAGAUUAAAAUGCAACUGGCUCGAAUAAAGGACGAACUUCAAAAGCAGACGGUCGUGUUAAUAGAAGACAAGACGAGUGAAUUCGCGAUCAGGCCAAUUUCUAAUAAGCUAGAGAUGAAUCUUUAUUAUAAAGAAAUCGAUAGUUAUUCGAGUCAUGGCGUGAAUAACGUAGGCGCGCUAGCACAUAUCGGCCAAUCAAACAUGUAUCCUUACGGCAGAUCGGUAACAGAAAAAGAGAUCGGAAUCGGGAAAUUAAUAGAGAUCAUGAAUAAACUAAAAGUAGAGAACGUUUCCCUCAAAACGGAGAUAAAUUCUCUGAGGUUCAGCUUGGUUGCCAAUUUCACGAAGGACGAGAAAAAGAAGGAUAAGAUACGGGUUGCAGAUGAAGAAAUUCAUGCAUUGAAAGCGGAACUGACGAAAUUAAGAGACGAAAAAGAGUCUAUACGAGUUCGAUUGGAUACUGCCAACUCGAAAUUGGAUCGAUUAGAGUCUGAAAAGAUUGCCUUAAAGGAUGAAUUGUAUACCUUGAGGAAAAUCAAUUCCGAUUUGAAACACAAGGCAAGCGAAUUGCAGUAUGCUUAUCAAAAGUUGAAAGAGAAAAGUUUGGGACUCGAGAGAUAUAUUAUGAAAGCGAUUAAAAAAAUAAAGAAAUAUACAAGUACGGAUAGUCUGGACAAUCCAAACGAUGAGUUAAAGAUACUUUUGAAGAAGUGA